AUGCAGUCCAUACGGCAGAUCGAGCGACUGAAUCAGACCGAGCUCGACAAAUGCAUCCCGCCGAACGCUUCAUGGCACACUGACUAUCGCGACACGGCAUAUGUCUACAUCGGCGGCCUUCCUUUCGAGCUCAGUGAAGGCGAUAUUCUGACCAUUUUCAGCCAAUAUGGCAAUCCCGUACACAUCAACUUGGUUCGCGACAAAGAUACGGGCAAGAGCAGGGGCUUCUGCUUUCUCAAGUACGAAGAUCAGAGAAGUUGCGAUCUGGCUGUUGACAAUUUGAGCGGUGCUGGAGUCAUGGGUCGUGUCAUUAGUGUCGAUCACACGCGCUACAAGAAGAAGGAGGGCGAAAUUGAGGGUAUUGGCGAUGAGCAAGAGGAAGAUGCAAAUGACACGGACCGUGAGGUUGACGACAGGAGAAAGCGCAGGAAGACGGAAAGUGAGAGUGAGGAUGAGCGGCCUUUGAUCAAAGAAGAAGUUGAACUGCAAAAGCUGCUACGAGAUCAUGACGAUGAUGAUCCCAUGAAGGAGUAUCUGGUCAAGGCGAAACGAGAGGAAGUUGCGGAAGCGCUGAAGGCCGUGGUCAAGCACAAAUCCAAAGAACAGGAUCGUGAAAGAAAGCACAGGCACCACCAUCGGUCUCACAGGAGUGACCAUAAACGCGACGACAGGGAGCACAGGCAUCGAUCUCGGAGGAAAGAGAUGGACGAUGGCGACUCGGAACACACGAGCCGCGAAGAGACGAGGUUGCAGAGAAAGGAGACCAUUCGCGGCGACGGAGAAGCUUUGAUUCUGACGACGAUCGGACAGAAAAUCGAAGCAGAGCAGGCGAGAGACGUCGAUGAUACCAUGAUCGAAAUGAAAGACGACAAGCUCCCCAUGGUCGCUCCGAAAGGCUUCUUGCUCAGCGUCGAAAGCUCUCGUCGCGCCUAG